AUGCAAAGCAGUGGACGCUUUCCUACAGGCCUGGCCGCCCUUCGGCGCCUACGCAUUUCCCCCAUUCGCUAUGAUAGCGAGGACUCUCCACUAUCUGAAGGACUGCUUUGUAGCAGUUACUACGAUUUUAUAGAGCUGCGUGAUCUUCUAGAAGACAUCAUGCUUGUGGUAGCCUUCGCUUUGCUCUGUUUGCUUCAGAUUCAACAGUCCCAUGGGUGUGAAAUUGGGGUCUGGAAUGGGGGACCAUGGGGAAACUGGGGUACUUUGCAGACAUGCCCACCAGGACUCAAGGCCAGUGGUUUCAGAUUGAAGGUGGAGGAAAGCCAAGGAAGGGGAGAUGAUACAGCUUUGAAUGGAAUAGAGCUAUAUUGUACAAGUGGUCCAACCACAGACAGGAAUCAUUCAAUCACAUCUACAGUUGGCCCAUGGGGAAAAUGGACUGUACCAAUAUGGUGCCGGAAUGGCUUUCUUUAUAGAUUUCAAUUAAGAGUGGAAAUACCUCAGGGCAAGGAUGAUGACACAGCGGCCAACAAUAUAAAAUUUUGGUGCACCGAUGGUAGUGCACUUGAAGGACAAGGACUAGAUUGGGGAGAUUAUGGAACACCUAGCAGUACCUGCACAAGAGGCAUUUCGGGUAUGGUGACCAAAGUGGAGCCAUCACAAGGAAAUGAUGAUGACACCGCUCUCAAUGAUGUCCAGUUUGAAUGUGCUGAAUAUUAAAGUUUAAGCGUCACCAGAUGUUAUCAAAGUAAUGGCUGCUCCAACACAUUUCUCUGACCACUGAUGGUGGCUCGAGCUCCAAUGUGGGGAAAA